AUGAAGCUCCCAGCGGGGCACGUGCCGGGCCACGGCGUGGUCCGGCAGCACUACAAUGGCUGGGGCGAGAAGCUGAUGGAGAAGAUGGGCUGGAAGAAGGGCGAGGGUCUCGGGAAGGAGGGGCAGGGCAUCAAGGAGCACAUCCGCGUGAAGAAGAAGGACGACAACAUCGGGAUUGGCGCCGACCUGAAGUACAACUGGACGGAGAAGUGGUGGGAGUCGGCGUUCAACAACGUCGCGGCGAAGAUCGGGACCAUCAGCUCCGCGCACGCCGACGCCGACGACGGCAGCGGGUACACCUCCGACAGCAGCUCGAAGUCGCGCUCGGGCGGGGGCUCGGACUCGGACUCGGACUCGGACGCGGACGCGGGCGCGGGCGCGGGCGCGGGCGCGGGCGGCGCGGCGGCGCGGCACCGCGACGGCACGCGGUCGACGGCGACGGCGGAGGAGGCGCGCAUUUUGAAGGACCUGGAGAAGGGGAAGUGGGGGCGUUGGGGCGGGCGGGACGGGAAGAUGGCGCGGAUCCGUGCGCAGGAGGAGGCGAUGGCGCGGGCGGCGGCGGAGAAGCUGUCGGGCGGGGAGCGCGAGGCGGGUGCUGCGGCGAGCGAUGGCAAGGCGAAGAAGAAGGACAAGUCCAAGGAGAAGAAGAGCAAGAAGGAGAAGAAGGGCAAGAAGGAGAAGAAGGAGAGCAGGGACAAGAAGCGGGCUGCGGAGAGCGGGGGGUCGGACAGCGACGGUGCGAAGCGGGCCAGGGUGGAGGGGAGUGCGCACGGGAGGUGGGGGGGCCUCGCGGACCUCGCGGACACGAUCUACGGGGCGCCGAAGGACAAGGAGGGGGCGGGGGAGGCGGCGCGGCUGAUGGGCGUGCGCGUGGUGGCGAACGCGGAGGACACCACGCCAGCGCGGGACCCCAACUGGUGGGGCGCGAAGCGGUUCCGGAGCGCGGGCUUCAUGGGCUCCGCGAAGGACGAGAUCGAGGAUCACGCGGAGAAGAAGGACGGAGGUUUCACGGAGGGCGACAUGGAGGCGAUCUACAUGGGCGCGCACAACAGGGCGAUCAAGGGCAAGGUCGGCCUCGGGUCCGGCGCCCCGCGCAUGGCCAAGGAGUCCACCCUGGGGAAGGACUUCGAGGGGACCAAGGUGAAGUUCGAUUCGGACGACGAGAGCGGCGCGCAGCCGGCGGGGGGCAAGAAGGACAAGGCGAAGGAGAAGGAGAAAAAGCGGAGGAAGAAGGAGGCGGGGUCGUCCGGCGACGCGGCGGUGAACUGGAAGAAGCUGUGUGUGCGCAUUGUCAAGGGGAGCGAGGGGGGGGUGAAGAUGAAGAAGCUGGUGGCGCGCGCGGUGGAGGAGGCGCUCGCGGGGGGCACGAAGGGCGCGCGCGAGGCGCUCGCGGCGGCCUGCGAGGCGGAGGUGCGCGGCAGCAAGCGCUUCCAGUGCGCGGGCAAGCUGGUGCAGCUCAAGGGCUGA